AUGGCGCCAAUCACUUCAGCAGAGAGGGCAAAACGCCAAAUAUCAGGAAUCGCUCACGAGUUAUCCGACGACGAGCUUGCAGCCGAUGAGCCGUCAUGGCAAUGGAUCUACAACUCUACUCCAACAACCGAACGAAACGAUGAGGCCCAAAGCGACAGGAAACGAAGAAAGGUAACCGGUGAUAGGAUCGUUGGGGCAAAGAUCGGCCAAUUCGAGUGUAGAGUCGGAGACACUGUCAUGCUCAAAGCUGAUGGCUCGAAUGAAGCCUGGUUCGCCCUUAUUUGCGAGUUUGUUGAGGAUGACGGAGAAGGCGAGAAAGCAGCCAACUUUAUGUGGUUCUCGAGCGAAAAGGAAAUUCGAAGCAAGGACAAGAAGCGGCAAGACUACUAUCCGAAUGAACUCUACAUUUCGCCAUCAUGGGACAUCAACCCCCUGGCAUCCAUCAACGGCAAAGCCAAAAUCAUGUCACAAGAUACCUUCCUCACCAGAUACCCCCAAAGUCGAAUCCCUCGAAACCACGCAGACUUUGGUAAGGUCUUUGUCUGCAGGCGAGGCUGCAACACCCGCACUGCCACAUACACGGACGAGUUCAUAUGGGAGGAAGUGUACAGCGGCGAGGAUGAUCUAUUCGCUCUUAUGGACAGGAUCAAGACGGGGACAAAAGCCACGCGCAAGCGUCGCAAAGCUCGAAGUCCGUCACCUUCCGAUGAAGUAUAUCAACCUCCUCAGGUCCCUCAGACUCCGACAAAGACAGGACGAGGCUCGACGGCGGCUACACCAACAUCACGAAGAAGUCAAGCCACACCAGGCUCUCGUGUCAAGAGGAGUACAAGCAAGAGACUUGAAUUCACACCCUUGGCCACUCGUAAACUUUCCCCUAGCCAGGUUGAAUCUUCGCCAUUCCAAAUAGCACGAUCUCGUCUACAUGUCUCCUCGGUUCCAACCAGUCUCCCUUGUCGAGAAGGAGAGUUCUCUCUGGUCUACUCUCAUCUUGAGGCCGCCAUUUCAGACGGCACUGGCAACUGUAUCUACAUCUCUGGCACACCCGGAACUGGCAAGACAGCGACAGUGCGCGAGGUCGUCUCCAGGCUCGAGGAAGCCGUGGGUUCAGAUGAGCUUGACGAUUUCAUUUUCGUCGAGAUCAAUGGCAUGAAAAUCACAGAUCCUCACCAGUCGUAUAGUCUUCUUUGGGAGGCCCUCAAGGGAGAGCGAGCCAGUCCAGCACAGGCCCUUGACCUCCUGGAAAGAGAGUUUAGCAACCCUAGCCCUCGUCGCAUUCCUUGUGUGGUGCUCAUGGACGAACUCGACCAGCUGGUCACUAAGAACCAGGCUGUCAUGUACAAUUUCUUCAACUGGCCCACAUUACGGCAUAGUCGUCUUAUCGUGCUCGCAGUCGCCAACACCAUGGAUCUUCCAGAGCGAACGCUGAGCAAUAAGAUCAGCAGUCGACUAGGUCUCACACGUAUCACAUUUCCUGGUUACAAUCACGAGCAACUUAUGAGAAUUAUUCAGUCACGAUUAGAAGGGGUUCCUGGAAACAUUGUAGAUCCAGACGCCAUUCAAUUCGCUAGUCGAAAGGUAGCUGCAGUCAGUGGUGACGCUCGAAGAGCCCUCGACAUCUGCCGUCGAGCUGUCGAACUCGCCGAGGCCGACGCUCCCAGUGACCCGACAACUCCAAGCAAACGAGACCCCCAAACACAACCGAAAGGUUUAGGUCGUGUCACUAUUGCAACAAUUAAAAAGGCCAUCAAUGAGGCCACUUCAAAUCCCAUUCAGCAACAUCUUCGCAGCCUCCCAUUAAUGUCCAAACUCGUCAUGGCAGCACUCUUACUGCGCAUCCGAAGAACAGGCCUAGGCGAGACGACGUUUGGCGAGACCCUGGACGAGAUACAUCGUGCCAGUCUUCGAGCUCCUGCGGCGCUUCCAGGUGUUGCAGCGGUUCUCGGCAACGGCCUGAAAGGAACGCAAUUAGGCGGGCAUCGCCCAAUGAUCCGACCUGGGCACAUUCACACCGCGGCGCUCGAGUUGGUAGCGGCCGGCCUGAUUAAUCUCGAAGCUCAACGUGCGGAGCGAUCAAGUAAGCUCCGUCUUUCGAUUGCAGACGACGAAGUAAAGAUGGCCCUCCGUGAUGACGGAGACCUUAAGGCUUUGGGUAUCGGUGUAUAA